ACACCACUUGCACUCUCUAUCUCCAAUCAUUCAAUAUUUUUGAUGGUGCUUGGAGAUAUUCGCAACUCUGUACUAGAAAGCCUAUAUCAACCAUAAAUCAUAAACAAAAGUUCAUCUUCUUCUCAUAUUGUAGUAGUAAAAAAAAAAAAAAACUAAGAAUGAAGAAAGUAGCAGAGCUGUUGUUCAUCCCUUCGCCCGGAUUCAGUCACCUCACAUCGGCGCUCGAGAUGGCCAACCUCCUCAUCCGGCGCGACGAGAGGCUCUUCAUUACAGUCAUCAUAAUGAAGUCGCCCUUCGAUUACAACACAAACAUUUCCCAACCAAUGUCUGAAGACCUGAACUCACGCAUACGCUUCGUGGAACUUCCUUACGACGAAUCAAAUUCAGAACUCUUGUCCAAGUCCGUUCUCCACUUUCUUGCCGCCCUUAUAGAAACCAACAAGACUCAAGUGAGAGAUGUUGCUGCCGGAAUCGAAACCAAUAAUAGGCUAGCCGGGUUCGUUAUUGACAUGUUCUGCAGCGGCGUGAUUGAUGUGGCCGACGAGCUGGGGGUCCCAACCUACGUCUACUUCACUUCCAGUGCUGGUUUCCUUGGUCUCAUGUUUCAUCUCCAGUCCAUCCAAGAUGACCAAAGCAAAGACGUUACUCAGUUCAAGGACUCGGAUUCUGAGUUGUCACUUCCGUGUUUUGCCAAUUCAUUUCCGUCUAAGGUCUUGCCUUCUGUGGUGCUGGACAACCAAGAUGAGUGCAGGUUGUUCCUAAGACAUGCCCAAAUGUUCAGACGGACUAAGGGCAUCUUGGUCAACACGUUCGUUGAGCUAGAAUCCUAUGCAGUGAGGUCCCUAUCUGACGGGAAGACCCCGCCAGUCUACCCGGUGGGACCUAUAUUCAACCUCAAGAAUGGUGAGGGGAACCACCGAUCCGAUGCUAUUAUGAGCUGGCUCGACGAUCAACCACCGUCAUCAGUGGUGUUCUUGUGCUUUGGGAGUAUGGGAAGCUUCGGUAAGGAAGAGGUGAAAGAGAUUGCUGAUGCACUAGAGCACACUGGCUACCGUUUCUUGUGGUCCCUGCGUCAGCCUCCACCGAAGGGAAAGGUAGAGGCCCCAAGGGAAUACGAGAAUCCGGAGGAAGUCCUGCCGGAGGGCUUCUUGGAGCGAACGGCGGGGAUGGGGAAAGUGAUUGGUUGGGCGCCGCAAGUGGCGGUGCUGUCACACCCUGCGGUGGGAGGGUUUGUGUCACACUGCGGGUGGAAUUCUAUUUUGGAGAGCGUGUGGUGUGGAGUGCCCAUAGCGGCAUGGCCUCUGUACGCAGAGCAGCAAAUCAAUGCUUUUGAAAUGGUGAAAGAGUUGGGGCUAGCAGUGGAGAUCAAGAUGGACUAUAGGAAAAAUGUGAGUAAAGAUAUCAAGCAAGAGCCUUUGACGGCGAAGGAGAUAGAGACCGGGAUAAGAAAAGUUAUGAUGGACGGGGAAAUUAGGAAGAAGGUGAAUGAGAUGAAAGAAAAGAGCAGAGAAGCCAUGACGGAGGGUGGGUCAUCCUACAUUUCUCUGGGAUGUCUGAUUGAGGACGUGAUUAAGAAUAUGGAGUUCCACACUCAAAAAUCCGUUGAACAUGAAUAAAGGACGCCUCUGAUCAGUGCAUAGAAAUACACUUUUCCAAGUUCGAUGGUUGGUGGUCUUCACUUCUUUUCAACUAGAAUCAGGUUCUCCAUGAGCUGCAUUGGAAGUCCAAAAUAGGAAGUUAAAUCAGUAAUGAUCUAUCACAUGCAUCAUCAGUUUUGUUUCAAUAAAAGAUAUAUUAACAUUGGCCACAUACUUGUAUACGAUGUGUGUGUGUGUAUAUAUAUAUAUUGCAAUUAUUGCUAAUCUUAUUGUAUUGAAGUAUUUUCCCAUUA